UUAUCCCUGUAGGUCCAAGGCUCUUGGACUUUUAGAGAAAACAGCCGCUCACAGGUGCCAUAUAGACAGAAUCAUACUCGCAGACCUGCAUCCAAAACUUCUGAAUAAUAAGGAAUAAAUCAGCGCCUUAAUGUCGGACCUUUUACAUUUGUUGCAAGACAAAGCAUACUGGAUACAUUCUAGGUACACUAAAUAAGGAGGUGGGAUUUCCCCAGUAUCGACUAGACACUGCAGAAUGUAUAAAAGAAUCUUUGUGGCUCAAACGGACCUGAGAUCAUAAAGAAGACUUUCAGGAUCUAACGUGGUGCACUGAAAAGAUGACUUUAUGUUGGUAAUCCUGCGUUUUGUCUCGCCAAUUUCUCGUGGAAACUUCUUGUGGGAAAUUUUCCAUUUGUCUGGAUCACAACUCUGUUUUAGGACCGUUUAUCUAACCUUGUUGCUGUAUUACAGGUAACAGGGCAAACUUUCUCAUAAGGAAUUCAGUUCACGCAGCACGGUUUUCAUGACCGUUUAUUUUUGAAUUGGAAGACUAUUUUAGGAGGACUUUGGCUGCAGGUCAGUGCGUGGUACUCUUAUAACAACAUGGGGAUUGUAUUUUGGAUGUAUUCUCUUCUGGCUCUUCCAGUUCUUCAGUCUGCCAAGAUCCUGACUGUCUGUCUAAUUGGAGGAAGCCACUACUUGUUAUUAGAUGAAAUUUCUCAUAACUUACAUCAGCACGGCCACGAGGUCCGCAUGCUCUUGCAACUGGGCAACCCUGUUAUUACAGGACUUUCCUAUGCAGGCCGUGCAGACAGUUACCAGACGAGCACCUGGUCCUUAGGGGAGAAAUACAUCAAAGAAUACAACAGCUGGUUCCUAGAGCAACAAACACAGUUUUUACUGGGAAGGGAUAGCUUUAAUAGCUUUCUAAACUUCAUGGGCCACCUGUCCUAUCAGUGUGACAGGCUGCUAGGGGACAAAGAGAUAAUAACGUUCCUCCAGAGGGAACGCUACGACAUCGCCAUCCUUGAUGCUUUUAACCCCUGCUCCUUCCUCCUGGCACACAAACUUGGUGUCCGCUACAUAGCUUUCUAUCCUGGCACUCUGAACGGUCCUCUGUCCAUCGCUCUCCCCAGCCCCGUCUCCUAUAUCCCAGUCUUCGGCUCCCAGCUGUCCGACCACAUGAACCUCUGGGGUCGUACGAAGAACCUCUUUUAUUCUUUCUUGGCUCCUGUAGGCCAGGAACUUGUAUGGUCGACAUUUAGAGAAGUAGCUGAACGCCACCUUGAGUCAGGCUCACCCCCCGGAGGUCUGGAGGAGUUACAUCAAGGAGCUGAACUCUGGGCCUUCAACACUGACUUUUCACUGGAGUUCCCCCAGCCUCUUAUGCCCUACACUGUGCUGGUGGGAGGUCUGCUGAAUAAACCCGCGAAGCCUGCGCAGCAGGAUCUUGAGUUGUGGAUCUCCAGUUUUGGAGAGGCAGGUUUCAUCGUUGUGACUCUGGGAUCGAUGGUCUCUUCGGUCUCUGUGAACCCUCUGCUGGUGGAGCUGGUGGCUGGCUUCUCUAGGAUCCCUCAGGGGGUGCUCUGGAGGUAUGACCAAAAGCGAUGGCCAUCUCACCUGGACAGAUCUCCUAAUCUCAGGCUUGUGGACUGGCUGCCUCUUAAUGACCUGCUGGGCCACAAAAACGCACGUCUCUUUAUCACCCAUGGUGGACAAAACAGCCUGUUCCAGGCAGUGUACCAUGCUGUUCCUGUGCUGGGAAUCCCUCUGUUUGGAGACCAGUUUGAUAAUGUGGUGAGGGCUGAAAUGAAGGGACUCGGCCUCACCAUCAACCCCACACACAUCACCAGGGAACUGCUCAGCUCUACCAUUCAAACGCUCAUACAGGACAUCAGGUUCAAGUCUUCAGCUUUGUCCCUUAGCAGGAUCCACAGAUCCCAUCCGGUCCCUCCAGCCCUUCGACUCAUGCAGUGGGUGGAGCACAUCCUGCACAGUGGAGGUGGAGCUCAUUUAAGGCCGACUUCACUGACGCAACCAUGGUACCAGAGGUAUCUGUUGGACUUGGUGCUUCUUCUCUCCCUGGGGCUUCUUGGACCCGUAGUUCUCUGCUGGACUUUCUACAGGAACAAGAAUAGCAGGGACAAACACAAAAAAAUACAAUAAGCGUUUAAACUUCAGAUUUAAACCUCAGAUCUGUGUUUAUCUUGGACUUGAAAACUGUUUCAACAUGAGAACUUAAAAAAAAAAAAAAAAAUGAGUUCCUGCUACCCUAACAUACUGCAGAUGUUCAAUAAUUAAACCAUGCUGGUUGUAACUGAUUCAUACAAUUGACCCUUAAAUAAAUAAAAUAAAUAAGUGAUAGCAGGCUGUCAUGUGAAUGUAGGAGACCUUUGCUUUGACACAAACAAUAAACACAGACUUGUUUUUCCCUAUAGCACCACCAGGCCUAGAAAAGAUUUCCCUUAAGGACAAAAAUAUAACUUAGAAAAGGGUGUUUAUUUCCAGAACAUUCCCUUUAUUUAUCAAAAGGAAAGCUGCAAACUCCUGCAAAGCAGACACAUGACAAAAGUUUAAAUAUGGUUUCAGCAUUAGUGUGCAAAAACAUGCAUUCAUUUGUGAUGCCAUUAAUACUGUUCCUCAACAUUGAUUUUCAUUUUGAGCACUUUUUGUAUACUUAAAAGAUUUUCACUUUCUGUAUUCCCAGUUUCACUUCAGAGGACUAACCCUAAUGCCCAGUGCCCUGCCCUCUCCCCUCCCAGCGCCAUCAUGUCUACAGACGUCUCAUUUGUACUGCAGCGCCACAUUGUCCAACACCUCUGUGCCGCUUUGACCUGGCUGUGCUGCGAGCAGGGGUGGUUGACAGUAUGCACGCAAACACGCACAUACACUCUAACUAAGCAGUGCUUUUGUGUUGUUGCAUGUUUCGAAAUGGCAGCAAGCCAUGUUAGGUUAGAUGGAUGAAUGUUGAGAAUGUCUGUGUGCGGCUUUGCUGGUCUAGUUUGGGGAUAUACUGUAUGUGUAUGUUGCAGUCAUAGAAUAUACCUGAGUUUUCAAAAAUAUGCUUCACCUGCAAAGUAGUGUAUGCACGUGUUAAUGUGAGUGUGCAUGUGUGUGUUCGGGGCAGCGUUAUGGUCUACUGGCUCUUCAAUUAUUAACCACCUGCGAGUCUCAACUCUGACCCCCACACCCUCCUCUGCUGGUUUCCACUGAGUCUCCUUCCCCACAAAAGACACAAAAGCGAACGUCAAUGUUCACGGUCAGCGCUCAAGCCACUGUUGAGAGCAGACCAGGCCUCGGAGGACCCCCCCCUCUCUGCUCUGUCCUCCCUUCCACUCCUCACAUCUGUGUUGGGGGUUAGCAGGGAGGAAAAUAUAGAUUAGCAAGGAAAUAAUGACCAAUUAGGACGGCUUGUUCUCUGUCCAUUCAGCUGUCCAUUCUUUCAUUACUUCCCUGCAUUUCAUUUGUCUGUUUGGCUGGCAGUUGCAGGUGCCAGUGAGUCUUCCUCUGUCUCGCACGCAAUCCAAAACAGGCAGGGCGAAGCAGCCAAAGCAUGACAGGACAGGACCACUGGGAGAAAAUAAAAGAAAGAGGCAAAAAAAAGAGAGGAAACUUUAAUGAAGCAGAAGAAGGACACAACAAUGCAGCAGGAAAAUCAUAGAGCGGAGGGGAAACAGAGACACAGAGCAGAAAGAAAAAAAGGCUGGAAGAAAUAGUGAUCAGAAUACCACUGAAUAAAACAGUCCAAAAAGUAAUAAACUGUCACUUUUAGCAAUUUGAAUACUGUAACUGCAUUUCAUUUACAGUUUUAUUAUUCAUUUUUGGCUUAAGUUGUAAUUACAAUCAUCUAUUUUAUUUUAUUUUAUUUCCAACCAUGAGUUCAAAACAAGUUUACAGGUAUCAGUGACAAGGAAGAUGAAAUCAAUAAAACUAAAAUGACAUAAUGAUAACUGCAUCACAAUGUCAUAUAAGAAGUGGAAGCUGAUUAUUGCUGUAAAGGUCCUUGAAUCCAACAAAAAGAUCUGCACACUGUAUUCAAAGUUCCCAGAAAUUUUAAUUGUGCAACAUUACAUAAUCAGGCUUUAUCAAAUCACCAUCAUAAAGCAGAACAAGUAAUAUAUAAAUACAAACACAUUCAUCACAUGAUUGUGAUCUGCAUGAUUGAGAGCUGGUCUACUCUGAAGUUGGCCAAUCAGAGCAGAGCUGAAUGACGCAGUCUGAUUCUCCCACAUGGGGGACAAAGACGCCUCUAUGAAAAAAGAACUAGAAACAUCCAGAUCAAUAAAAAAAAAAA